AUGGGGAGUUUUCAAGUUUUGUUUGUAGCUCUAUUAGUCACUGCAGUUGCAUUUGAACAAAGCUUCGUUGACGCCAACUUUUCCAAGAGCAUGUAUUUCAACUGGGGUGCUAGCCAUUCCUCAAUUCUGGGAAAUGGCGACGAUCUUCAACUUGUGUUGGAUUCAACUUCAGGUUCUGGUGUUCAAACAAAGAGAGCGUUCCUAUUUGGAAGUAUUGAAAUGCUGAUCAAGUUGGUACCUGGGAAUUCUGCUGGCACAGUAACUGCAUACUACCUGUCCUCUACAGGAAGCAAGCAUGAUGAGAUCGACUUUGAGUUCUUAGGGAACGUAUCUGGACAACCUUACACCAUCCACACGAAUAUCUAUACGCAAGGAAAUGGAAGCAGAGAACAACAGUUCUACCUCUGGUUUGAUCCAACCGCUGAUUUCCACAACUACACCAUACACUGGAACCCCACUGAAGUAGUGUGGUACAUUGAUAGCAUACCAAUUCGAGUUUUCCGGAACUACGAGAAUGAAGGAAUUGCUUACCCCAGCAAACAAGGUAUGAGGGUUUACUCCAGUAUAUGGAAUGCUGAUAACUGGGCAACUAGAGGUGGGCUUGUUAAAAUCGACUGGUAUAGUGCGCCCUUUGUAGCCAGAUUCCGCCAUUUCAGGGCAAGGGCUUGCAAGUGGAAUGGACCAGUCAGCAUUGAUCAAUGUGCCUCCAAAUCCCCUGCUAACUGGUGGACUUCUCCAGUAUACAGCCAGUUGAGUUAUGCUAAGAAGGGUCAGAUGAAGUGGGUCAGAGAUAACCAUAUGAUCUAUGAUUACUGCAAAGAUACAAAGAGAUUCCAAGGAAAUAUGCCUCCUGAAUGUUUUAAGCCACAAUUCUAACUCAAGGAUGGGCAGUCAAGCAAUACUUUGAAACAGCUGGAGUGGUUUCCAAAGAGAUGAAUAAUUUUGCAGUCUCAUUUAUUUUCCUAUUUCCUGGGUAUAACUGAAAUAAAUUCUUCAAUGUUCUCUGUGU